GCUCUACGCUGUAAGCAGGGUUUAAACUUAUGCCUGGCGGAGUGCCUCAGUGGACGUUCGGACUUCGGAGUCCCCGCCGGAUCUGUCUUGGGACACCCUAAAUAGCUGAAACAUUUUAGGGUUUAGGUGUUUCCUUCGCAUGCGUCGUCCCUUCCAAGGUUGUGUCACCUGAUGGAUAGCACUGUAGAUGCUCUGAGCAGUGCAUAUCAGGAGUUUGUUGCUGCUUUAGCUGGUGUACUUGAAGCCAAGGAGGCUUCUGGUGUCCAGGAGACAGGAGCCACAGAUGCUGCAUUAGAGAACUUUAAGCAGCGAUGGGAAUUGUUUAGAGUAGCUUGUGAUCAAGCAGAGGAGUUUGUGGAGUCUGCAAAGCAACGGAUAGGCUCAGAAUGCCUGGUGGAUGAGGCAACUGGUGCAGUGGGAGGGAGGACUGGGCAGGGUAUCAGUACUGGCCUUCCACCUAUCAGUGCUGUUCGGUUGGAACAGAUGAGUAAAGCAGUCAGGUGGCUUGUUAUUGAACUGCAACAUGGUUCUGGAGCUACCAGUGCUCAUGCUCGUUCUCAUUCUUCUGUUCCUUUUGACACCAGAUUCUCGGAAGAUGCUCCACAAUAGGAAAAAAAUGAUUUCAUUCAGGUUUGCAGAAUAUUUGAGCAUGAGCUUAUGAUACAUGAUAUGAUGUGGGAAGAGAUAUUCUAAGGUGGAUAAUGUGGAAAAAUCCUGACUUUUAAUUGAAUAGGAAUUCCUUUGGAUUGGUCAGUGGUUGUCAAAAGAAGUGAAGCUGGAGGUUGAUUGUAAUUGGUGAAGAAUAUGGGGCUUGGAGGAGUCUUAUGUUAUUCUGAUGCCUGCUGGAUUCUCUGGCCUCCCAGAUUGAAGAUUUUCUUAGUUUUUUUCCCUUUGUGCGUGUUUACCCAAGGAUGCACGGCUAUUUCAUGAUCAAAUAGCCAUUUGAUCUAACAACUGAAUUAGAUCAUUUUUUGUCGUUUACCUUGAUGGUUGUGUUCACUUUGCCAUUAUGAGUGUUCAUAUGCAGGGUAUCUAUCUCUA